AUGAUCAAUAAAAAUGACAACAGUCUAGCGAGCAGUGCAAAGAGGUCGGCGCUCUCGGUUGCAUCACCUACAAAACUGAAUAUUAUGAGCAGCCAGAAUGGGAACACAAAGUUGCACAAAGUGACCAAGCGACCUUUGGAGAGGUCGCACUCUCUAAAUAUCAAGAAUGGGAACGCUAACGAACCAUUCGGAAAGUUUUCUAGACCUAAGAUAUCUGUACAGGCCCCACCUCUGUUAAAGAGGAACUCGUCUUUUUUCAAAGAAAAAUCAACUUCUUUGUAUUCGAGAUCAGACUUUGCAUUCAAUUCACCUUCUAAAUCUCAGGAACUAUCAAAGAGCCCCAUGUCGUCCUCGCAACCUUUGCCAAAUGAUGAUACUAUUACCUUAACAGACAGAUUUCUACCUACUUUGCAAUCCGGCUCCCAAAAUAAAGUUCAGCAUAUUUCGUUGGACACAGAACUUCCUCCUCCGAAUGCAUCUCCAGUCACACAUCUAAGAGCCCAAACGAAACUGGUUUUUAAACAAAAUGUUGCUGAGGCUUGCGGUCUCGAGAUGGACAAUAGAAUCCUACAGUACCUACCAGCUCCACCAAGUUACUCUAGGGAAAGGCCCGCUACUUUAAUGAGACGUCACCAGUACCAUUAUCAGAAUAGAUCUAGUCAAACUCAACUGCAGAAAAAAAAUACUGAGUUAAUGAAAUUGAGAAAAGUGAACACAAAUCCGGAGAGAAUCUUGGAUGCACCGGGCUUUCAGGAUGAUUUCUAUUUAAAUCUAAUUGAUUGGUCAAAGAAAAAUAUCCUAGCCAUAGCGUUAAAUGACAGUUUAUACUUGUGGAAUGGUAAUAAUGGAGAAGCCACUUUACUGAAAGAGUAUGAAGAGUGCCAAAUCACUAGUGUCCAUUGGUCCGAUGACGACUGCCACAUUUCUAUUGGUAAGUCUGAUGGUAACACCGAAAUCUGGGAUGUAGAGACUUCGACGUUAGUGAGAACUAUGAGAUCCAAAUUGAACGUUAGGAUAGGUUCUCAAUCAUGGUUAGAAACGCUACUGGCUACUGGCUUCCGUAGCGGUGAAAUACAGAUAAAUGACGUUCGGAUAAAAGACCAUAUUGUUAAUACAUGGGACGAACACACUGGGGAAGUUUGUGGAUUGAGCUACAAAGCUGACGGCUUACAAUUGGCAUCUGGCGGUAAUGAUAACACAAUGAUGAUAUGGGAUACUAGGACUUCUAUGCCACAAUUUGUCAAGAAAGAUCAUUCAGCCGCUGUGAAAGCACUGGCUUGGUCUCCAACAAAUGCCGGACUCCUAGCUAGUGGUGGUGGUCAAACUGACCAACAGAUUCAUUUUUGGAACUCAACAACAGGUGCAAAACUACAUACUAUAAAUACCGGCUCACAGGUGAGUUCAUUGCAUUGGGGUCAAAGUUAUGAUACCAAAGGUAACAUGAAUGUCGAAAUAGUGGCCACUGGUGGGUCACCAGACAACUCGAUCUCUAUUUACAACUAUGAAACAAGGUAUAAAGUAGCAGAGGUAGUGCAUGCCCACGAUGCUAGAAUAUGCUGCUCAAAGUUAUCUCCCGAUGGCACUGUUCUCGCAACCAUUGGUGGUGAUGAAAACUUGAAGUUCUACAAGAUAUUUGAGCCAAAGAGAAAGUACAAACAAAAAUCAAAAGGUAACGUAGUCGAAGAAUUAAUGACGAACAAUACACCUUACUAUAGAGAGAGAUUAGAUGCAUCUCGCAAGCUAACAAAUAAUGACGAUUCCGAUUAUGAGAGCUCUUCUUAUCACCAUGAAAGCGUUACCCGUACUGUAAUCAACUCCAAAUCACCAUCUUCGGCAGCAAAAGCGACAGAUUUUCUAAUAAGAUAA